CAGCGCUCCCGGCGGUAUCCCAGGAAUGCGCGGCGCGGGAUGGCGGCCCCGCGGCUGCACGGCCCGACGCGCUGAGCGGACGGAACCGGGCCGGAACGGGGAGAGAAUCGGGUCAAAGAGACUGGGCCGAGGGGAGAGAAGCGGGCUGAGGGGAGCAGGUCUGGCCGAGGGGAGAGAGAGAACCGGGCUGAAGGGACUGAACCAGGCUGGGGGGAUCAGAACGGGGGGGCUGAGGGGACCAGGCCGAGAGGACGGAGCCAGGCUGAGGGGAGAGAACUGGGCCGGGGGAUCAGAACCGGGCUGAGAGGAGAGAACUGGGUCGAGGGGACAGAACCGGGGUGAGGAGACAGAACUGGGGUGAGGGGAGUGGGCCCGGCUGAGGGGAGAGAGAACCGGGCCAAAGGGAGAGAACCGGGCUGAGGGGAGAGGCCCUGCAGAACCGUGCUGAGGGGGCAGAACCGGACCCGGGGGGCAGAACCGGGCUGAAAAGACCUGGCCCGGCUGAAGGGAGAGAACCGGGAUAAAGGGAGAGAACCGGGAUAAAGGGAGAGAACUGGGACAAAGGGAGAGAACCGGGCCAGGGGCACCGAACUGGGCCCGGCUGAAGACAGAGGCCCCUGAAGAACUGAGCCGAGAGGACCAAACUGGGCUGAGGGGACAGAACCGGGACGGGAGGACCGAACCGGGCCGAAGAGAGAGAACUGGGCCUGAGGGCACCGAACUGGGUCCGACUGCGGGGAGAGGCUCCAAAGAACCGGACUGAGGGGACAGAACCGGACCAGGCCCAGCUGAGGGGACGGGACUGAACCGGACCAGGCCCGGCUGAGGGCCCCGGGCCGGGCCAUGGCGGAGCCGCUGCUGCGGAGAACCUUUUCUCGGUUACGGGGCCGGGAUCGUCCACGCAGGAAGAAAUCGGAUGGCAAAGAGAGAGAGCACCCCCAGCCCGGCCCCGACCCAUUGGCAGACCCCGAAGUGUCCCCGGUGUCCCCGGAGCCGUCAGCGUCCCGCAAGCAGAACUGGGCUCGCUUCUCCGGCCGUCAUCCUCCUCCCAGAGCCCCCCAGGAGGGGCUGGAACCCAGCGAGCAGGAUGUGGCCUGCAGCACCCCGCCGUCCUCUGCGGAUCCACCCGGCGAGGAGCCCCCGGAGCUGGCAGAGGAGGCGGAUGCAGCUGAGCUCGGCGGUCCCGGUCGGAGCCCCGGGCACGGCGCUUAUCUGCAGAGCCUGGAACGGAGCAGCCGGCACUGGGUGCUGUCCUCGGGGAAGGCAGCGGGGCUGGAUGAGGUGGGUGGAGGCACCGAGACCGAGGUCGGAGCGGGAGGCAGCGAGGGGGAGAUCUGGUACAACCCCAUCCCCGAGGACGAGGACCCUCCGAAGCCGUGCAGGGAGGAUGGCAAAGGGACGGCGGAGAGCCCCGGAGCCCGCGGCGUGGAGGAGCAGGCGGCUGGAAGGAGCCAGGCUUGUGCGAAGAUGCCCAUCCCCUGCGUGAGCUCGGGGACAGGGCUCCCGUCCCCGUCCCCCCCCUCCAGCCCCGGUGCCACCAAGAAGGGCCGCUCGCUCAGCAAGGUGAAGUCCCCGGGCACCGUGCGCCGUCUCUCCAUGAAGAUGAAGAAGCUCCCGGAGCUGCGGAGGAAGCUGAGCCUGCGCAGCCCUCGGCCGAGGGGACAGGAGGGCAGCACGUCCCCUUCCGACACCCGCAAGGAAUCCAGCAACGUCAUCAGCCGCUAUCACCUCGACACCAGCGUGGCCUCGCUGCCUCGGGCCAAAAUGGCCAGCAAAGCCGGCUACCUGAGCGACGGGGACUCGCCGGAGCUGCCGGCUAAAACCGGGGCGCGCAACGAACCCGAGGACGGGGAGAACGGGCUGGAUGUGGCCGCUUUCCGGCCCUACAGCUGCGGGGAGCCGCCGCGGGGCGGGCAGCACAUCUCCGGGUUGGUCAGCGUCCACCUCUACGGCGUGCGGGACCUGAAGCCGCCGCGCGCCGAAACGCGGGAGGUUUUCUGCGUGCUGCAGGUAGACGCGGCCAACCGGGCUCGCACGGCCCUGCUGCCCUGCAAGGCGGCUUUCCUGGGCCUCAACCACACCUUCAACCUGGAGCUGGAGGGCGCGCAGCUGCUCAAGGUGAUCGUCUUCUCCUGGGACCCUUCCUCCUGCCGCAACCGCCUCUGCUGCCACGGCACCGUGGUGCUGCCCCACAUCUUCCGAGGCAGCCGGGCCCAGCAGCUGGCCGUGCAGCUGCAGCCUCGCGGGGUCCUCUUCUCCAAGUUCACUUUGGUGGAGCAGUGGGAAGGCCCCGGCGAGCACGAGCCCCGCGUCUUCGGCGUGGAGCUGGGCCAGCUGGUGGAGCGGGAGAAGACGGCCACCAAGGUGCCCCUGCUCAUCCAGAAGUGCGUGGCCGAGAUCGAGAAACGGGGGCUGAAGGUGGUCGGGCUGUACCGCCUCUGCGGCUCGGCCGCCGUCAAGAAGGAGCUGCGCGACGCCUUCGAGAGGGACAGCGCGGCCGUGACGCUGUCGGAGCAGCUCUACCCCGACAUCAACGUCAUCACGGGGAUCCUGAAGGAUUACUUGCGGGAGCUGCCCACGCCGCUCAUCACCCCUACGUUGUACCACGUCGUGCUGGAGGCCAUGGCCAAGCGGCCCCCCCGGGCCCCCCCGGGCGAGCGGGAUGCUGUCACCCUGCUCGACUGCCUGCCUGACGUCGAGAAGGCCACGCUGACACGACUCCUGGACCACCUCAGCUUGGUGGCCUCUUUCCACGACUUCAACCGCAUGAACUCGCAGAACAUCGCCGUCUGCUUCGGGCCGGUGCUGCUCACCCAGAGCCAGGAACCCCGGGGCCGGGCUGGCACCGUCGCCGUCCCCCGCAGCUACGCCCACAGCGAGGACAUCGCCAGCGCCGUCGACUUCAAGAGGCACAUCGAGGUGCUGCACUACCUGCUGCAGGCCUGGCCGGCUCCACGUUCCACCCCGGCCCCCCAAGUGCCACCCACCCCACCGCGGCAGCCGCCGCUGCGCCUGGACCUGCUGGACACGGCCGUGGUGGCCCGCCACCGCCCCCGGGGACCCGAGAGCCCCCCCAGCAACCGCUACGCCGGCGACUGGAGCAUCUGCGGCCACCAGCUGGGGGGUUACGACGAGGUGACAAGCGGCGACGGCGACAGCCGGGCCGCUCGCCGGAGGACCCUGUUCGUGGCCGAUUUUGGUCUCGGCGACGAUCCCGAAGCGCCCUUCGGCCCCCGGCUCAACCUCAAAGACUUCGACGCCCUCAUCCUCGACCUCGAGCGGGAGCUCGCCAAGCAGAUCAACGUCUGCCUGUGAUGCCAGCACCGGUCCCGGUGACCAGGAAAACACCGGUGACGAUGACACCGGUGACGGUGACACCGGUACCGCUGGGAGAGCGACCAAAAAAGCAAGCACUUGCCUCUUGUUGCCUUCGAUUUGCACAGCGCCGAGCAGAAGGGACCCCAACGGAGAAGGUGAUGCCGU